AGAUAUGUGGCACACGACUAAUCAUCCAUCCACCCACUUCUCUCUCCCCCUCUCCAUGGCUAUGGCCACUGGAAUAGCCACCGGAUUACUUUACUCCAAUCAUUUCUGUCUCCCUAUUGUCUCCUCAUCCUCUUCUGAUGGGAUUAACUCAAAGUCUGUGAAACCCAGAGAUGAGUGGAGACAAAAGUCCCGACCCAUCCCUCCCGGUGGAACCUACCCGGCCAAGGAUCACUGCAGCCGAUGCGGGUUAUGUGAUACAUACUACAUUGCCCAUGUGAAGAAUGCCUGCGCAUUCUUGGGAGAUGGCAUGUCUAGAAUUGAAGCUCUUGAACCAAUGGUUCACGGUCGAGGAAGAAAAAUAGAUUCAUUGCAAGAGACGUACAUGGGAGUUCAUGAGGACCUACUUUAUGCUCGUAAAAUCAAUCCUGUAGCAGGCGCUCAGUGGACUGGUAUAGUGACCACAAUUGCAAUUGAGAUGCUUAGAACUGGCAUGGUUGAAGCUGUUGUAUGUGUUCAGAGCGACCCAGAAGAUAGAUUUACUCCUAGACCUAUCUUGGCAAGGAGUCCAGAGGAAGUUCUUGCUGCUAAAGGAGUUAAACCCACACUGUCUCCUAAUCUUAAUACUCUGGCAUUAGUUGAGGCUGCUGGUGUGAAACGUCUUCUUUUCUGUGGUGUUGGCUGCCAAGUGCAAGCUCUAAGAUCAGUGGAGCAUCAUCUGCAUUUGGAAAAGCUUUAUGUUCUUGGCACUAAUUGCGUGGAUAACGGAACUCGAGAAGGCUUAGAUAAGUUUCUGAAGGCUGCCAGUAAUGAACCAGAAACUGUUCUUCAUUAUGAAUUCAUGCAAGAUUACAAGGUUCAUUUGAAGCAUUUAGAUGGCCACAUUGAAGAGGUCCCCUAUUUCUGUCUCCCAGCAAAUGAGUUAACUGAUGUGAUUGCUCCUUCCUGCUAUAGCUGUUUUGACUACACGAAUGCUUUAGCGGAUUUGGUGGUAGGUUACAUGGGUGUGCCAAAAUAUGGUGGAGUUAGCAUGACACAACAUCCACAAUAUAUCACUGUUCGAAAUGAACGUGGAAGAGAGAUGUUAAAUCUGGUAAAAGAUCUUCUGGAAUUUACUCCCACAGUUAGUCAGGGUCAAAGGCAUCCGUUUGUCAUGGAAACUGUAAAGGCUGACGAUGAUGCUAAAUUAGGCAAAGGUCCGUCUCAACCUGCCCCAAGAUUCAUCGGCAACUUAAUAGCAUUCUUUUUAAAUCUGAUUGGUCCAAAGGGUCUUGAAUUCGCUCGUUAUUCAUUGGAUUACCACACCAUCAGAAACUACCUCUAUGUCAAUCGUGCUUGGGGAAGACAAAGAGCUGACAGGCACAUACCAUCGUACGCAAAGAAAUUAGUGUCUAUGUACAACAAAAAUGGCGAAAUUGAUCGAAUGAUUUCUAAUAAAUAACGAAGUUCAUCAUAUAAGAUUGGGUAGAUAUUUGUGAUCAUGUGGUAUUAUGAUGUUAUUUUUCCAUAACAUUUGUCUGGAUUUCUUUAAUUUUGUUGUUUGAAUGUAGAUACUGUUUGCUAUAUCUUUAUUUAGUUGUAGGUUGCAAAGUGACAAUCUUGCAGUAACUUCACUGUGUAGUUUUGGUGCUCGUAAUCUUUUCGAGCUUGGUACAAGUUUCGCCAUGCAAAUUACUCAUCUCAACUCAGAGAAUAAUAAAGAGAAGCCAUUAAUUAUGCC